AUGUCCGCCACGAUGAGAUCGACCGGGUUGGUCCGCGGAACUCCUGCUUUCCGGUCUGCACUUAUGGCCCGUAAUCGCUCAAGUGCUUUGAGUCCGGCCUCCGUGGCAGCCCGCAACCUCCUCCGAAAUGGCCGCGACCUUCCAUCUCAGAUCUCAGCACUUGCCAUCUUGAUGCCUCAGCGUGGCUACUCUACCGAGCAAUCCACAUCGAACUCUUCCCAAAACUACCCUCCCCCCGGGUUCAAUGCCGAGCAAGCAAAGAAGCCAAUUCCCCAAGAUCAGACUGCGCAACCGCAACAAGCCGUUGCCAAGAACCAGAUCGAGGCCAAGACCGAGGCCAGCAAGACACAAUCUACCGGAGCCGUUUCGCAGAGCAAUGCCGAGGAGCAGAAAAUGGUUGAAAAGAAGAGCGCCAAAAAGUUGACCCUUGGACAGAAGGUCAAGAAGGAGUUGCAGCACUAUUGGGAUGGUACAAAGCUGCUCGCCACCGAAGUCAAAAUUAGCUCCCGGUUAGCAUUGAAGAUGGCCGGUGGAUAUGAGCUGAGUCGCCGUGAGCACCGCCAGCUUCAACGCACAACCAAAGAUCUAGGACGUCUGGUUCCAUUCUCGAUGUUCCUUAUCGUUCCUUUCGCCGAGCUUCUGCUCCCCGUCGCCCUCAAGAUCUUCCCCAACAUGCUCCCCAGCACCUACGAAGGUCAGAAGGCCCGCGAUGCGAAAGCCCUGAACCUGAGCUCGACCCGCAAAGAAGUUUCCGGCUUCUUGCGCAACACCCUACGUGAGACCGGUCUGCCUCUGACCGCUGCCACCGUUAAGAACGACGAGUUUGCGGACUUCUUCCGCAAGAUCCGCACCACCGGUGAAUCUCCCUCUACCGAAGAUGUCAUCAAGGUCUGCAAGAUCUUCAAGGAUGACUUGACUCUCGACAACCUUUCCCGACCCCAGCUUGUCGGUAUCUGCCGCUACAUGAACCUGAACACUUUCGGCACCGACGCCAUGAUCCGCUACACCAUCCGUCACCGCAUGCGCCAGAUCAAGCGUGAUGACCGCGCGAUCUUCUACGAGGGCGUUGACUCCCUCUCCGUCCCCGAGCUUCAGAUGGCCAGCGCCUCCCGUGGUAUCCGCACACACGGCGUGUCUCCCGCGCGUCUGCGUGAGGAUCUCGGCAUGUGGCUCGAGCUCCGUUUGAAGCAGGGCGUUCCCUCCACCCUCCUCGUCCUGAGCAACGCCUACCUGUACACCCAGGGUGGCAAGGAGUCCGAGAUGGCAUCCCAGAUUGAUGCUCUGAAGUCCGUGCUUUCCAGCAUUCCCGAGGAGCUGUUCCACGAGAUCGAGCUCGAGGUGCACAACGCCGAGGGCGCUGCAACCAACAAGCAGCGUCUUGAGGUCAUCAAGGAGCAGGAGGAGCUGAUUGAGGAGGAGAACGAGCAGAACAGCGAGAAUGAGGGCAAGGGUGUCGCCGCGCCUAAGGAUACUGAGGACAUUGAUGAGAAAGAGGAAUCCAAGCAGGAUCCUGCCUCGAGCGAGUCCAAGCAGUCCGACGAGGCUAACGAGGCUGUUGCGGAAGGUGAGCGUGCCGCCGAGACACCCGAGUCAAAGGGCGGAAAGAAGAGCGAGAGCUCUUAA